AUGGAAAUUACACAGCCAACAGCACCUACAGCAACAAUCUCGACGCCUUACUCAGCUCUCUCUCCUCCAACAAUCACCGAUUCGGCUUCCGCCGCGCCUCCGUCGGCCAGGCCCCAAACACCGUCAACGGCUUCGCCCUCUGCAAGAGCCGAUCAAACCCUCCAGCUCUGCCGCAGUUGCGUCGAUUCCGCCGCGCGAGAGGUGCGCCUGUCCUGCCCCAACGAGAGGCAGGGCGCGAUUUGGUACGAAUUCUGCACCCUGCGCUACUCCAACGACCCCAUAUACCAAACGCAGACGGCGGAUCCCACGUAUAUGUUGCGAAACACGCAAAAUGUCUCGGAUGGAGAUCGGUUCAGGGCGGAUAGGACGGCGCUGGUUGAUCAACUCGCGGCGCAGGCGGCUAACGGCACACAGCUCAAGGUCGGAGUAGGGAGUCGGAAUUUCUCCGAUUUGGCGAUUUAUGCUCUGGUGCAGUGUACUCCAGAUUUCUCACGAGAAGAGUGCCAGAGAUGCUUGAGCGAGGCUUCACAAGGUUACCAGAGUUAUCUUUCGCAGGGGUUCAGAGUUCUAAACCCCAAUUGCAAUAUUCGCUAUGAGCUUUCUACUUCUACAAUGAAACUCGGCUGA